AUGGAGGAGUUUCUACGUAACUGGAGACAAGAUGCCUUGAAUAAAGGGCAGUAUGACUCGGCGGUAUAUAUCGGUGAUAAAGUACUUGCGUUGACAAACAGCGAUAACGACGCAUAUUGGCUUGCGCAAGUGCACUUUUCGAAUAACAAUUACACUCGAGCCUUAGCACUUCUUUCCACGAAGGAUCUCAUUACUCGGAAUUCAUCCUGUCGAUACCUUGCUGCUCAUUGCUACAUCAAACAAAACAAAUUCGAUCUUGCGCUCUCCAUUCUUGGGGAACACAACCCAACCCAUCUGAUCCAGAGUGCCAGCCGACGAAAAAAGCCGCACUUGAAUGGAGGCUCCCAUGUCACUCUUAGGAAUGGACGCUCUAUACCAUCUCGCACAGAUAAAGGUGACACCGAUACGUAUCAGGAUGCCAAUCAUAUUAAAUAUGAGGCGGCCAUGUGUUAUCUACGAGGAUGCUGCUAUGCAAACCAAAAUGCCUUUGAUCGUGCGAGGGACUGUUAUAAGGACGCCGUCAGGAUUGACGUACAAUGCUUCGAGGCAUUUGAUCGACUUAUGAAAAACUCACUUAUGUCUCCAGCCGAAGAGCUUGAAUUCCUAGAAUCACUAGACUUCGACUCAAUCACUCCGUCCUCAGAUGUCUCACUAUCUCAAGAAGCGUCGGAGUUUACGAAAUUGCUAUAUACAACUAGACUGUCAAAAUACUCGUCCUGCUCUGCACUGUCUCAUGCUAUAGAGACUCUCUCUACUCACUAUAACCUCGCAGAUAACUCUGAUCUCCUACUCUCUCGCGCAGAAACGCUCUACACUCAGUGCCGGUUUCCGGAAGCGCUUUCUUUAACCUCAUCUAUUCUCUCCGCUUCGGAUUCAAUGUCCGCAUUGGUGUCUCAAGGGAGUCAAAGCCAAAACCUUGGGCAUUCUCCAUCCGUGUAUCCCCUUCAUCUUGCCUGCCUUUACGAAACUGGCGCUACAAAUGCACUUUUCCUCCUCGCCCAUACCCUAUCAGAUAAUGUUCCGGAUGAGCCCUAUACUUACCUUGCUAUUGGUGUUUAUUAUCUUUCAGUAUCCAAGAUUGCCGAAGCACGACGGUUCUUCUCCAAGUCUUCUCUUCUCGACCCCCACUCCGCGCCAGCCUGGAUUGGAUUUGCGCACACAUUUGCCGCCGAGGGUGAACAUGAUCAGGCCAUUGCUGCAUAUAGUACCGCUGCUAGACUAUUUCAAGGGAGCCACUUACCCCAGCUCUUUCUAGGAAUGCAACAUCUAGCCUUGAACAAUAUGGCUCUAGCGCAUGAGUAUCUGUCUGCUGCGUAUUCAAUGUCCUCGGGCGCUCACUCUACUAGCAACACUCUCUCCCUGAGCGUUAAUUCCACCGGAGAACCACCUACUCCCAGCCCCACGGGAGGGGACCCCUUGGUCCUUAACGAGCUUGGAGUAGUAUUGUAUCACGAAGCUAAUCUAGAAGACGCCGUCCAUCUCUUCCAGCAAGCUUUAGCAUUAUCUGUUUCCCUAGAAUGUGAUCCCAGUGCUUGGUUGGCCACUCGAGCAAAUUUGGGUCAUGCACUUCGUCGACUGGGAAAAUUGGAAGAAGCUUUGUCUGAGUUUGACGAGUGCCUUCGUAUAGGUGCGGGUGGCUCAACAACAAUAUACACUGGAUACACGGGCCGGGCAGGAGCUGGUGCAGUUAGGUCUGCUGGUGCUUCCGCCGUGGGAGGCUACGAAGACAGAGGCCUAAUAGGAUCCUUCCACACAGCCCGUGGUAUAAUACUAUUAGAACUGGGUCGGACAACCGAUGCUGUUACUGCAUUGCAUGAGGCCGUACGUGUACUUGGCACUACUGGUGGAGAUGCAGCAGCUGGUGCUGGAGUUGCGGGUACUUUGCUUUCGAAAGCGCUCGAGGUUUGGGCUGUCGAGGAAGAGAGCAGAGGAGUAUCCUUCCAAGACACAAGCAAGCCACGAAAAGGGAAAUAUUCUACAGCCAGUUCUAAUAGCGAAAAACCGAGGCAUAGAUCUACAGCCAAAGGGACAAAGAAAUCAACGACCGUAGAUAAAUGGACAGAUGAUGUCCCUGAUCGGCCAUCAUCUAGCGGAAUGGACGCACAAAAUAUCGGCAUGGAGCUUGACGGAGAGGCCGAUAGCUUGCUUGAGCAUGCGCUUGAUAAGGCUGGAUAUCGCUUGCCUCGUGUUAAGGCUAGAAACCCCGAGCCUAGCGCUGCUUAUGAUAUACGGCCGCGUUCCGAUAUACCAGAACCAAGUCGCCCCCGGUCAACACGGACAACUCGAAGGCGAAGUCCUUCUCAGAGAGGGCCGGGUGGAUGA